UGUGUGAGACAGCAGAGGAGCGACUCUUAAACGCGCUGUGAGAAUAAACACCGCAGCUCCGAUCAGUCUAAACCACGGACAGCCGGAGCACAUCACACACCGGGAGAGCGCGCGCGCGCGGAUGUGUGUGUGUGUGAGAGGUGCUGUUUUAAUACCGCGCGUGAUACCGGACUGGAUCUGCGUCUCUCUCCCGGAGUGUGCUGUUGAUGAUUAUCCAGCCUCUGCAGUCAUCUCAUUAAGAGUACACAGAGUAAGCAGAGGAGGGAGCGGCUCACCUCAUCAUUCUGGAGCGUUUGACCCUCUGGCGAUCGGCUGUUUACACACCAGAGCAACAGAGAAUGUUAAACCUUUGGUGGAAAAUCUCCAGUUUAAAUGAACCCUGACACGCUGAUACAUGCUCCCAGAGCUGCUUUAAUUAAACCUUGAUAUUAUUGUGUAUUUAUUUCUUGACUUAACAUAGUGAAUGAAGGAUUUUUAUUUUUGUUUUUUUCCCCUGUAUUUUUUGGCUUGCCUCAGAAACUUUUUUUUUAAGUUGAUGUAAUUUUUUUUACUCGGAGACUUUCAGAUCUUGGUUUAUGUGAAAAUGAUCUACAUGGCAUCCAGGAAGCUUAGGGCUCUGAUGGUGAUCUUGUGCCUCGUUUCUUUGGCCACGUUUUUAUUGAGCGAUCCCUCAUUUCCCUUCAGCCCGUUUCAGAACAGCAUUCAAGGGCCGUGCGGGUGCCGUCCCUGUAUUUGGGACCCCGAGGAGGUGGACCCGUGGUUCAGCGAGAGGUUUAACCAGUCCAUUCAUCCUCUGCUGUCCAGCUCGAACAGCAAUCUCAGUGAAGAAACCUACAAGUGGUGGCUGUGGCUUCAGGCCGAGACCAACCCAUCCAACCUGACUACAGUGAUGGACAGGUUAUUUCAGGUUGUCCCUGGAGAACAGCACUACAUGGAUGCUGGACCUUCCCGAUGCCGUUCAUGCUCCGUGGUGGGAAACUCUGGAAAUCUCCUCUCAUCCCAUUACGGUGAACUGAUCGACUCCAGCGACUUCGUCUUCCGGAUAAACCUGGCUACGACGCAGGGUUUUGAGCGUGAUGUGGGUUCCAAGACCACACACCAUGUGAUGUAUCCCGAAAGUGCCAUGAACCUACAGAACUCCAGCACCAGCCUGCUGCUCAUCCCGUUUAAAAUCCUCGACCUGGAGUGGCUCGCCAGCGCUCUGACCUCCGGACACAUCAACUACACCUACAUGCCGGUCAGUCCACGUAUCCAAGCUAACAGACACAAAGUGUUGGUGUAUAACCCCUCGUUUAUGAAGUAUGCGUAUGAAGUGUGGUUGGAGAAUCACGGCAGAUAUCCAUCGACCGGUUUCCUCAGCAUCAUGUUCGCUCUGCACAUCUGUGAUCAGGUGAACGUUUUCGGCUUCGGUGCCGAUCAGGCGGGGAACUGGCACCACUACUGGGAGGAGAACUUGUAUAGCAACGCGUUCAAGGAGACGGGCGUCCAUGAUGCAGACUUCGAGUACAACAUCACACAGACGCUCGCUCAGAAAGGCAAAAUCAGAAUGUAUAAAGGCGUCUAGUCUUCGUCCAGCCGGGACGAGCGGUUACAGAUACACGAGAAACGACCAUGAGAAUGCACUCCAUUCAGCACACAGUUUAUUUACACAAAGUGGCCUACAAGUGAAACAGGAAGUGAUCUGAGCACACAAGGGUGAAGGGUUUUACUCAGCAGUCAAAAAGCCACUCUCUGGCAGCGAUGAGAUUCGAGCUCACAACCUUCUGGGCACUAGCAGAUACUCUGCUGAACUAACACUGUUGCUUAUUUCAUGGUAGGCCCUGUUCAUUUUUUCUCACUUACUUCCUGGUUCUUGGAGUCUGAAUGCGCUGGAACGCAGCUUUAUAUGUCAGACAUGUGGACUGCACCAGACUUUUAGAGAGGGAUCUAGUUAUAAUUUACCUCUUAGUAUAGUAUGUGUAAUCCAAUCAGUUUAACUCAUUUUAACAACUUCCUGUUUCGCAGAUUUGAGUUUAUUCAUUUUGAGUCUCUUCUUGGUUCUCUGUAACUCUGUUUUAUCUAUCAUUGGUGAAAUCCCUAAUUGUCUGGGUUUGAGUUUUAUUCACUUUUAAUUUAACGAUGUCCUGGUUCUCUGGAUGUGUGUGAAUCAGAACGUGCUGGAACACUGCUUUUAUAUGGAACAUUCCAGACUGUCAGAGAGAGAGAGAGAGAGAGACAGAGAGAGAGAGAGAGAGGUCUGAAUUGAAUUUGGCUCAGUAUGCUCCUGGUUCUCUGCAAUUCAGUUCAGCUUUAUUCAGCAUUUUUUUAUUCAGCUCUUGGUAUACAGGUUUUAUGUUUCUAGUCUCAGGUAUUAAGUAAUUUAGGUAUUAACUAGUCUCAGCCUCAGAGGCUGCACUCAUGUCCUGCAGGCAGUUUUGGGGAGUGACGGAGUACGUGUAACGGCGUUACGUAAUCAGGAUACAAAACACAGAUAGCUGUAAUCCGUUACAGUUACGUCAAAAAACAAAAUAAUCAGAUUACAGGUACAUUUUGUAAACAAUGGGAAUGUUAUCAGGAUUCUUUUUGUUUCAUUUAAAAGCAAAGAAAUGUAUCUGUUUUCAGAACACAAUACAGACAGCUGUUUGAUUAUAGUUCUGGUUCUCUCUCGCCAGUGGUGACUCACAUGAGAAACCUCCUGGAGCAGGCGCUAAUACAUUUUGCACAGAGUUAAUUUGGUAGAAAUGAACACACUGUUCUCUGAAAUGCUUUUGUUAGGGUGACCUUACGUCCUCGUGUCUAAAUGUGACAAAAUGUCCGGGAUUCGGCUUUAUUUUCAUUAUGAUGUGUUUAUGGUCUAAUACUGCAUGAUGUGUGCACAUGUUUGCGUUACUUUAACUCCUCUCCCGCCUCCUCGCACACCGAUUGGUCGAUUAUAAAAGAUUUGUAACAAAUAUUGGCCAAAUUCCUGCCUCUCGGCAGUUAACCUACUCUCAGCGAACGUGUGAAGGUGAAGCGCUGUUGUGUUUGGCGUCAAACAGUUACUUUACAACAGCAGCAAAUAACAGCUGUCCUGAGUCGAAACAACGCCCACGACCAUAUAAGGUCAUUUUUAAUUUCAUGUUAUCACAUUGCUUCAUAUUACAUCAUCAUUCAAAUGUGUAAAUGAUGGCAGAAGGUACACUCGUGGCAUCUGAGAUUUUAUUUUAUUCCACGGACAUUCCAUAGAC